AUGAGGGCUAAACGGUCGAAGCAAUACCGCAAGCUCAUGAAGGAGUACUGCCGCGUGUGGAACUUUAGGGAACCAUACCAGGUGUUGGUGGACGCCGACAUCGUCAAAGAUGCCAGCCGCUUCAAAAUGGACCUCGUUCCGGCGCUCGAGAGGACGUUGCAUGGAAAGGUCAAGCCUAUGAUCACACAAUGCUCCAUGCGACAUCUCUAUGCCCUACAGGGAACAGAGCCUUCAAUAAAGAGUGUGAUCGACUACGCAAAAGAAACGUUUGAACGACGACGAUGUGGUCAUCACCCAGAUGAAACGGAUGCGCUGUCAACGCUGGAGUGCAUGUCGUCAUUCAUCACCGACUCCGGGAAGAGCGCGCGCAAUCGCUACGUAGUGGCAAGCCAGGACGACAAUGUGCGGAGGUAUAUGAGGGGCAUCAAGGGUGUGCCGUUGAUAUACAUCUCGAGGAGUGUCAUGAUCUUGGAGCCAAUGGCAGACUCGAGUGCAGCCGUUGUGGCCAAGGAGGAGCGAGCCAAGUUUAGGUCAGGGAUCCAAUCUACAGCCUCUACCGGGUCCAAGAGAAAGCGAGGUGAUGACGACGAUGGCGCCGGUGGUGAUCACAGCGACAGCGACGAUGAUGAUUCAGAAGGAGAUGAGGAUGACGAGGAAAGACAUGGCAGGAAUGGAAGUGCCGACGGCACGUCGCCGGCAAAGAAGAAAAAGAAGAAUUAUGGACCAAAGGGGCCCAACCCCUUGGCGGCUAAGAAAAAGAAGAAGAAACCCGAACCAGAGAGUGGCACAAAGCCAAAGGAGGCUAGUGAAAGCGCAUCAUCAGCGCAGCCGGCCAAGAAAAAGCGGAAGCGAAGGCCCAAAAAAUCAACGGCGGCCCCGGCUGCUGUUCCUGGAACCUCUACUAGCGCCCAAGGCGCGGCUGAAGCGGUAUCAGGAGAGGAUUAG